CAGAAGAACUACUUUGGCAGUGUUUAUCACAUGUUUCCUCUCGGUUCAUGUCUUUCAAUGUAUGUUUCAUCUGCUUUUCUUCGAAGAAAACAGCGGCCGGGCCACUUCCCGUCAAUUCCCCAGCCUCAUCCCAUGACAGACUCUGGUUUCUGCUAAUGCUGUGUGUGGGAGGGCUGAGGAGCCGCCUGCUAGUGCGGGUUAGCCGUGCGGAGCUAGCGUGCUACCAAACUGUGCAGUUUAUUUUCGGGACAGCACGAUGAAGAACAUCAUGAAGAGUUGCAGACUUAUCUCGCUGCGGACUUUUCACGACAACACAAGAACCUAGGGCUACAUUAGCCCACAAACGCACAGCUGCCCUGACCCGCCACUAUCGUUGUUUGGAUGGAUUAACGUCGGGAAUAGCCUAGCACCGCUGGUGGAGCCGUCCAGAGCGGGCACGGAUGGGAUUUACCAAGCUAACCGCUGCUAAAGAUUGUGCUGGCUGACUAGCUUCGAGCUAACCGGUUAGCUAUCUGACCCAGUUGGUCGACAUCUUGUUCUAUAAUUACCAGGCUCUGAAAAGCGCUGAUUUGCUGGCACAGCCAUGCCUCCCAGGCCCUCCUCAGGAGAACUAUGGGGCAUGCACUUGAUGCCCCCCAGCAUCCUUGUGGACUGCCUUCUGCCGAAUGGCAUGAUCCUCACAUUGGAGUGCCUCCGGGAAGCCACAUUGAUCACAGUCAAGCAUGAGCUUUUCAAGGAAGCCAGGAAGUACCCACUCUACCAUCUGCUGCAGGAGGAGAGUUCCUACAUCUUUGUCAGUGUCACCCAGGAGGCAGAGCGGGAAGAGUUUUAUGACGAGACCAGGAGGUUGUGUGAUCUCAGACUCUUUCAGGCCUUCCUCAAAGUCAUCGAGCCAGUAGGCAACAGAGAUGAGAAAAUCCUAAACAGAGAGAUUGGUUUUGCUAUAGGAAUGCCCAUAUGUGAGUUUGAUUUGGUGAAGGACCCAGAAGUUCAGGACUUCAGGAGAAACAUCUUGAACGUUUGCAAAGAGGCCGUUGACCUCAGGGACAGUAACGGACCCCACAGUAGAGCUUUGUACGUCUAUCCCCCCAACGUAGAAUCCUCAGUAGAACUUCCAAGGCACAUCUAUAACAAACUAGAUAAAGGUCAAAUAAUUGUAGUCAUAUGGGUUAUCGUGUCACCCAGUAAUGACAAACAGAAAUAUACCCUGAAGAUCAACCAUGACUAUGUACCGGAGCAGGUGAUUGCCGAAGCCAUCCGCAAGAAGACUCGUAGCAUGCUGCUUUCCCAGGAACAGUUAAAGAUGUGUGUGCAGGAAUAUCAAGGAAAGUACAUCCUCAAAGUGUGCGGCUGCGACGAGUAUUUGCUGGAGAAAUACCCUCUAAGUCAGUACAAGUACGUGCGCAGCUGUAUUAUGCUGGGACGGAUGCCCAACUUGAUGUUAAUGGCAAAAGACAGCCUAUAUUCCCAGCUGCCCAUGGACAACUUCGCCAUGCCAUCAUAUGCGAGGCGUAUAUCCACAGCUACGCCCUACAUGAAUGGAGAAACGGCCACCAAGUCUCUAUGGACGAUCAACGGAGCACUAAGGAUCAGGAUACUGUGUGCUACUUAUGUCAAUGUCAACAUCAGAGAUAUUGAUAAGAUCUACGUCAGGACCGGGAUCUACCACGGUGGAGAGCAGCUUUGUGACAACGUCAAUACCCAGCGUGUGCCCUGUUCAAACCCCAGGUGGAACGAGUGGCUGAACUAUGACAUGUACAUUCCAGACAUCCCCCGCGCCGCCCGACUUUGCCUCUCCAUCUGCUCUGUGAAAGGGAGGAAAGGAGCUAAAGAGGAGCAUUGUCCCCUGGCCUGGGGCAACAUCAACCUGUUUGACUACACGCACACACUGGUAGCAGGGAAGAUGGCUCUCAACCUGUGGCCAGUCCCACAUGGCCUGGAAGACCUGCUCAACCCGAUCGGCGUCACAGGAUCAAACCCCAAUAAGGAAACACCUUGUUUGGAGUUGGAGUUUGACCAUUUCAGUUGUCCAGUCAAGUUCCCUGAUAUGACCACCAUUGAGGACCACGCAAACUGGAAUAUAUCCAGUGAGCUGGGCUUCAAUUACUGCCACACUGGUCUGAGUAACAGAUUAGCGCGUGACAACCCUCUCACAGCCAGUGACAAUGAGCAGCUGCGGCAGGUGUGUAACAGAGACCCGCUGUCUGAAAUCACUGAGCAGGAGAAAGACUUUCUAUGGAGGCACAGACAUUACUGUGUCAAUAUGCCAGACAUCCUUCCCAAGAUCCUCCUGGCUGUGAAAUGGAACUCCAGAGAUGAGGUUGCACAGAUGUAUUGCCUUCUGAAGGACUGGCCUGCUAUUAAGCCAGAACAAGCCAUGGAGUUGCUAGAUUGCAACUUCCCUGACCCGAUGAUCAGAGAGUUUGCUGUAAUGUGCCUUGAGAAAUACCUAACUGAUGACAAGCUCUCGCAGUACCUCAUUCAGCUGGUUCAGGUUCUAAAGUAUGAGCAGUACCUUGACAACCCACUUGCACGGUUUCUACUGAAGAAGGCACUGACCAAUCAGAGGAUAGGACAUUUCUUCUUCUGGCAUUUAAAGUCAGAGAUGCACAACAAGACUGUCAGCCAGCGUUUCGGUCUGCUGCUGGAGUCGUACUGCCGGGCCUGUGGCAUGUACCUGAAGCACCUGAGCCGACAGGUGGAGGCGAUGGAGAAACUCAUCAAUCUCACUGACCUCCUCAAACAGGAGAAAAAAGAUGAGGCACAGAAGGUUCAAAUGAAGUUUCUGGUGGAGCAGAUGAGAAGACCUGACUACAUGGAUGCACUGCAAAGCUUCACCUCGCCGCUGAAUCCAGCUCAUCAGCUUGGUAACCUCCGCCUGGAAGAGUGCCGGAUGAUGUCAUCAGCAAAGCGACCUCUGUGGCUUAACUGGGAAAACCCUGAUAUGAUGUCUGAGCUCCUUUUUCAGAACAAUGAAAUUAUCUUCAAAAAUGGAGAUGAUCUGAGGCAAGACAUGCUGACGCUGCAGAUCAUUAGGAUAAUGGAGAACAUCUGGCAGAACCAAGGCCUUGAUCUCAGGAUGCUGCCGUAUGGAUGUCUGUCUAUUGGCGACUGCGUGGGUUUGAUUGAGGUGGUGAGGAACUCUCACACCAUCAUGCAGAUCCAGUGUAAAGGAGGCCUAAAGGGGGCGCUGCAGUUCAACAGCCACACACUGCACCAGUGGCUCAAGGAUAAGAACAAGGGAGAGAUGUAUGACCAGGCCAUAGAUCUGUUUACGCGGUCAUGUGCGGGCUACUGUGUAGCUACAUUCAUCCUGGGCAUAGGAGACCGACACAACAGCAACAUCAUGGUCAAAGAUGAUGGACAGCUGUUCCACAUCGACUUUGGCCAUUUCCUUGACCACAAAAAGAAGAAGUUUGGCUACAAAAGAGAGCGAGUGCCCUUUGUGCUCACACAGGACUUCUUAAUCGUCAUCAGCAAAGGAACUCAGGAGUGCACUAAAACAAGAGAGUUCGAAAGGUUCCAGGAAAUGUGCUACAAGGCGUACCUUGCAAUCCGACAACAUGCCAACCUUUUCAUCAACCUCUUCUCCAUGAUGCUGGGCUCCGGAAUGCCCGAACUGCAGUCAUUCGACGACAUCGCUUACAUUCGCAAAACCUUAGCUCUGGACAAGUCGGAGCAGGAAGCCCUGGACUACUUCAUGAAGCAGAUGAACGACGCUCACCACGGCGGCUGGACUACUAAAAUGGACUGGAUCUUCCACACAAUCCGCCAGCACGCCAUGAACUAA